AUGUCGUUUCUUUUCGGCCGCGCAAGAACAAGAGUCGUUGUGGACCUGCCUAAGCAGGCGAGAGACCAUCUCACUAAAUUAGAUGGCUCUAGUAAUGCCUAUAAAGCCGACGAGUUGGCCAAGGUCCUCAGUCAGAUGAAACACAUCCUACAAGGCACACAUGAUACUGAUAGUACACCCGAGCAAAUCUAUCAGCUGGUAACUGGCUUGAUCGAGGAGGACGUGCUCUAUCUCCUUGCAGUGAAACUAUGGCGAUUGCCCUUCGAAUCACGGAAAGACGCCCAGGUUAUAUUCUCUUACGUCUUUCGCUUCCGCCCGCCAACUGCCUCGCCGAAGAGUGAUCCCGUCGCGUUAUCCUAUGUUGUAAACAACCGCCCGCAGGUCCUUCUGGAACUCUGCCGGGGGUAUGAUCACAAGGAAAGCGCAACACCCGCCGGAUCCGUCCUGCGGGAGGUGUUGAAGUUGGAAUCAGCAGCAGCAGCCAUCCUCUACGAUGAUGGCGACCAGCCUGGUUCGAGCGCGAAAGGGCUCAGCGGCAUCGACAGGGAUCGAAGACAGACCGGCACGGGAGUUUUCUGGAGAUUCUUUGACUGGGUCGACAAGAGCUCAUUUGAAGUGUCCGCUGAUGCCUUCACCACAUUUAGGGAGCUUCUCACGAGACACAAGGAGCUGGUCCCGAAAUAUCUCUCCGUCAACUUUGAUCUUUUCUUUGACAAGUACAACAACAUUCUCGUCCAGUCCAACAGCUACGUAACCAAGCGGCAAUCGAUUAAGCUCCUUGGCGAGAUUUUAUUGGACCGCUCCAAUUACACUGUCAUGACGGCCUACGUGGAUCGAGGCGAACACUUGAAGAUAUGUAUGAACCUAUUGCGUGAUGAUCGCAAAAUGGUCCAGUACGAAGGCUUCCACGUCUUCAAGGUGUUCGUUGCCAAUCCUCAUAAAUCGAUUGCUGUACAGAAGAUACUGCUUAUGAACCGAGAAAAGCUCCUGGUUUUCCUGUCUCACUUUUUGGAAGACAGGACCGAUGACGAGCAGUUCAUUGACGAGAGAGAAUUCCUCAUUAAACAAAUCAAGAACAUGCCGCCAAACCCAGUUCCGCCCCAGAGGCAUGCCGGCUGA